UGUUGGGCGUCCCCGGGUGUGGUGCGGGAGGCCUGCGGCUUGGUGCACUGCGCUCACUUUUACAAGCACGACUUCUUUCACCUCAUAGAGCCCGGUCUAGAAAUAACAUUUGGCGGUCAUUGACGCACUAAACGAUUUUUAGCGCUCGUCACAGUCAAAGAAAGCUGCCAUCUGGUGCUGUUCGGAGCCGUGAAGAUGGAAUUGAAGACUCGUUUCUCUGCUGCACACCCUAUGCCUUGCAAUACUAUCUGCCUGAAAGCUACGUCUAGUGGUAGUUCAUGAUAAAUUGCAUUAAUUCAAGCUACAAGUAGAGUACUUUCUACAGUCUGUGAUAUAGUUUUGCAGGUGUUUAGCUUUUCAACAUGUCAGAAAGAACUUCCGCUCAGGCACAGAAGUCGGCUCCUGUUCGAAGAAGUUUGUUGUCAUCCCUCCGAUAUGAACAUUUGUUGGCUGGGAUGGCAGGUGGAGUUGCCUCAACAUUAAUUCUUCAUCCACUGGAUCUCAUCAAAAUAAGAUUUGCAGUUGACGAUGGCGUCAUCCGAUCUCGACCGCACUACAAUGGCAUGCUGAACGCGUUCGGCACGAUCUUCAGCUCGGAGGGUGUGCGGGGCCUGUACCGGGGCGUGACGCCCAACGUGUGGGGCGCCGGCUCCGCCUGGGGCCUUUACUUCCUCUUCUACGGCUCCAUCAAGUCGUACAUGCAGGAGGGCGACUCUCGGCGCGACCUGGGCGCACCGCGCCACAUGCUGGCCGCCUCCCAGGCCGGCAUCGCUACCCUGGCGCUGACCAACCCCAUUUGGGUGGUAAAGACCAGGCUGUGUCUGCAGUACUCGUCCGACGCCGCCAGCCUGCCCGAGAGCAAGAAGUAUGGCGGCAUGAUCGACGCCUUCCGCAAGACGUACCGGCACGAGGGCGUGCGCGGCCUCUACAAGGGGUUCAUCCCGGGCGUGUGGGGCGUGUCGCACGGAGCACUGCAGUUCAUGGUGUACGAGGAGCUCAAGUCCGUCUACAACCGGCGGCGCGGCAAGACGAUCGAUGCCAAGCUGUCGACUCUGGAGUAUCUUCAGUUUGCGGCGCUCUCGAAGCUCUUCGCGGCGUGCGUGACGUACCCGUACCAGGUGGUGCGCGCCCGGCUGCAGGACCACCACGUCGAGUACGCCGGCUCUAUGGACGUGAUCCGGCGCGUGCUGAGGGAGGAGGGCUGGCGCGGCUUCUACAAGGGCCUGGCGCCCAACCUGACGCGCGUCGUGCCGGCCACGGCCAUCACGUUCGUCGUGUACGAGACGGUGUCGGGCGCGCUGCAGCGGCGCCGGCCGGAACCGACGCCCGCGCCCGCGCCGCCUUCCCCGACCGAUGAGUAGUCCCCGCCGCCGCCUGGCCGGUCGAAGGGUAGUUAGUCCCCGCCGCCGUCCGGCCGGUCGGAGCGGCUCAGGACCGGCCUCUGGACCUGUCCGCCCCCGAGGCGUCCUGGGAGGAGCACCGCCGCGGACCAGGCACCGAGAGCGAGGCGGUCGGCGGGCA